AUGAGCUGGGUUCAAGCUGCCAAUACUCCCUUCUUGUUGACGCAGCUCUUCAACCGAAGUAUUGACUCUCACAAUGACAAGCUAAAGUGCAUAGGAUGGCGUAGAACAGAAAAUUGCAGCCCUCUUGGGUCGGUCAUUGAGGACAAGAACCGACCUGUAGGUUUUCUCAGGAGCUUCCUUUACAAUAGAAAAUCAUGUAAUCAACAGAUACCAGUUUAUGGGGAUGAGUCAGGAUAUUGUGAGAUGGAAACAAGGGCAGGGCAAGUGGUUAAAGUCUUCCAAAAAGGAUGCCAAGAAGGAGUCCAUCAUGCUGGGCGUCCAGAAGCACAUUUCUCAUGCCACAUGGCAGCUUCCUUUCUGAAGUACAAGAACCGAAUGAUGAGCUAUGAGCCUGAUAAACCCAUCGCAAUUUCUGAUCAUGCAGUUCCUUUCAGAGGAAUUGUUAUGCAGGUGUAUGGGAGAAUCUUACCAAGUGUUUAUUCCCUUGUCAAAGUCUUGAGAGAAUUUCAUGGUUGCAAGCUUCCCAUAGAGUUAUGGUCUGGACCUGGGGAAGUCACUGAGUCUGAUCCUGUGGUCCAGCAGCUAUUGGCAGAAACUAACACCACUCUUCGAAUCAUCAGUGAUGCAUCCAUCACAUCAUACAUGUCCAAACCAUACAGCAUUGUACACAGUCAAUUUGAUCAGGUUCUGUGGUUGGACAGUGACAACUUUCCCUCCCGGGACCCCUCAUUUCUGUUUGAGACUGUGGAGUUUCAGCAAAAUGGUGCCAUAUUCUGGAAAGACUUUUGGAGGCCUCAGAUGAAUGACUUUUUUCUCACCAAGUCUUCCUUGGCAUGGGAGCUGUUUGAUAUCCCACCUGAUUCACCAAUUCGUGAAGAAAUGGAGAUGGAGGCUGGUCAGCUUGUAAUUGACCGCAGAAGAUCCAGGAAGGCCCUUAAUGCCCUCUUGUUUUUGACCAUGACAUUCAAAGAAAUCAUAGAGCCCAUGGACCUCCUUCUGGGAGACAAGGAUCUCUUCAGGUUUGCUUUUCAUGCCACCAACACCCCAUUCUACUACAUGGAGAAGCCAUCUGGUUUUGCUGGAGUUUCUACUAAGUCUUGGUCGUCGUUCAAUAGCAAAAAGGUGUGCAGUCAUACCAUGAUGCAACCUGACCCAAUGGGAAAUCCACUCUUCUUUCACAGGAACUUAGCAAAGCUUGUAGACCGCAAUAGUCUUCAGAAGAUUUGGGAGAAGGGCAUGAGGUUCAUUGGUGCCUCUGAUGCCCAGUACCAUGUAGACAUGUUUAGAAACCAAUCCAGACCAGAGGGGUGUUUUGCACCAUCAGAUCCUGCUUACUUUGAGGAAUUGGACUUUGGAAUAGGAUCCAAUGUGUCCCAGUUUGAAGACAAAAUCUUGUUUUAUGCUGGUGAAGCUUUGUCAAUUCUUGAGAAAGCAAUGAAUGGCUAG